AUAGUAUAAAUCUGCAGUGACUUUCAACCUUUACUUUCCUUUUCUUUAAACAAAAAGUAGUAUCGUUCUGAAAGGAAAAAGAGACAGCGAGAGAGAGGGAGAGAGAAAGAGAGUUAGCGAAUGAGAUCGAAAAGAGAGAAUAAGAACGAAAAUAGUAGUUACAUUAACUAAUAUUUUGUACUAUAGUUAUAUAAUCAAUAAAUAGAACAAUAUGCUUAUUAAUAGUAUCCCUAACUCUUAAGCAUUGCUAUUCGUUACAAUACUCAAAUCUUUAUCUCUCAAUAACUUCUACAAAAGAUUCAUUAAAUAACGGCCUGUAGACAAGAGUCUGUUGUUGUUUGACCGCUAAUUUUUGCAUAUCAUAAAUUACAUAGGUAUGCUAAGAAAUGGCAGGUUUCUAUUAUGAUAAAAUGUUUCAAAACGCCUUACACUCCCAUUUGCAAACUGCCGCCGCAGGAAAUCAUUCUUCAUAUAGUGGAGAGACGCCACCAUUUUUUAGUAAUGUCGCUUCAACUACAUCGGCAAGUUCUAUGUACGCUAGUCGUCUACAAUAUGCUGCUGCUCCAGCGCCAAACGUUUGGCCUGCCGCACAGGAUUCUGCCAGUACUUAUGGAGCAACACAACCGUCUACGUCGUCACCAACUGUUCCCAGAACUUAUGGGCCUUUAGCUCACACACAUCCUACAUCUUUCGCCUAUUCUGCCUACUCUCCUAUGCACGCCGAUAUUAACGCUUGGAAUUAUCAAUCGCAUUCACUGGAAGCUCUAAAUAGAUCGGCAGCUGGAGCUUACCCAUUAGACGCCGAUUAUUAUGCUGGCGAGGGUAGAGAGUGCGCCAACUGUGGUGCCAUUUCGACACCACUUUGGAGAAGGGAUGGGACAGGACAUUAUUUGUGUAACGCAUGUGGAUUAUAUCAUAAGAUGAAUGGUCUAAGUAGGCCACUUUUAAAGCCUCAGAGACGUUUAAGCGGUUCAAGGAGGAUAGGCCUCUCAUGUGCCAAUUGCCAUACAACUCAGACAACACUCUGGAGGAGGAACCCCGAAGGUGAACCGGUCUGCAACGCAUGUGGUUUAUAUUUCAAACUUCACGGUAUUAACCGUCCGUUAGCGAUGAAGAAAGAGGGUAUACAAACUAGAAAGAGGAAACCUAAAUCGUCCAAGGUAAAGGUCAAGGAAGAAGCGUCAAAUUCUGGUUGGUAUCUUUAGAUAUCUUUCUCAAUAAAUCGCUUAUCAAUGUUUAUAUCAUUUAUUAAAAUAUAAUUCAACUGUUUAUUUAAAUAAUAAUUUUGAAUUUAUUUUUCAGACAAUAAAAAUUCAACGGACGUUAAAAACAACUCUUGCAAUAACUCCAACACCACAAUACCGACCAAUUCAACAGAUUUGCCUUUCACAGUCCCAGGGCAAUCUUCCGCGAAAGUAACGUCAUCAACGUCAUUUUGCCCACCUUCUUCAAUGGGUCUUGUGCAACAUUAACAAUUGUUUGUUUUUGUCUAUCUAUACAGUUUUUGUUUUUUUUUCGGUGGAUAUAUAUAUCUAUACAUACAUAAUACUUUUCAUGUAAAAAUCGGUUUUUUUUGUUUGUUUGUAAAAUUUUAAUUAUUAUUCAGUAUUUAUAAAACAAAUGUAUUACUGAAAAGUGCGUUUUUUUUUUAUUCUAAAAUUCAGUCUUUUUUUUUUUAUAAAAAAAAGUUAAAUAAAAUUCCGAAAGGAGAAAAUUACAUUAAAA